ACAUUUGGACAGGUACACGGAUAGAGGAUAGGUUGAGGGAUAUGGACCAAAGGCAGGCAGAUGGGAUUAGUGUAGAUGGGACAUUUUUAGUCGGUGUGGCCAACUCGGGGCGAAGGGCUUGUUUCUACCCUGGAUGACUCUAUUGUGCAGUCAAAACGUUGAAGACGAAAGUUUUGAAAUAAGUCUCCCAAUUUACUGCAGUAAUGUAUUGUUUGCAUGGGCGGACAUGACUCGGUCGCCUGCCGCUCGCACACCAACACGUUGCCGGCAGCUUCUUGAAUUCAGCAGGAGCAGCACCUUUUCAGGGGGGCGAGGAUGUGUUUUGUGAUUGGAGAGGCACAUCACACGGGAUGCCCGACCUCGCUGACAAGUGAGUGCAGGUGGAAAGCAGAAGGAUGGCAGCGGCAGCGGCAGCGACUGCGACUGCGACCCAGGCAGAUUAUUCUCGCAUCUGGAUUGCUUUGAAGAGACUGGAUCUGAAUGAUAAUGAAAUUACUAUUGUGAAAGAUGUUUGGAUUUUACAAGGACUAGACACAGCUGCUGCUAAGCAGGUUAUCUUUCAUUCCUUUGGGCUGGACGACAGCAUCCUUGUCUUGAAGCUUCGAAACAGUCAUGGUUCUUUGAUUCCAAUUAGCAGCAAACUGAAUGUAAACAGCAAACAAUCGCCUUAUAUCCUGGAAGUAGUGAAAUUGUUUCAACAUGUUGUCCCCAAACCUCGUACAGCUACGUUGACAGUUAUCAGUAAAGGUUUGAAGAACAGCCUGCAAAACAUCAUGAAAAGGAUUGAAAGAUUAGAGAAACUGGAACCAGAAAUUAAAAUGAAGUGGCAAAACAAGUUACAUGAGGAAAUGGGACAGCUGAACCAGAAACUAAAUUUCUUGGAUCAGAGAAUGCAGGUUGCUGACUCUCACAAUUGGAAAGGCAUGUUUAAAUGUCCACCACUGUGGUGAAUUCUCCAAUUACAGCACCAAGUUUUCUAUAUUUACCUAACAACUACAAAAAUAAAGUACAUGUUUGUAUAUGUUUAUGUUAAAUAGCAAUGUACAGUCUUUCUCCAGGUUACAAACACCCAACCUAUGGACACAAAAAAGCUCCCAUAAUAUUGUUGAAUUCUAAAAUCUGAUGUAUGUCCGUACAUUCCUAUCUACAAGCAGCAGAACUAUCCUCUGUCUCCCCACCUUUAGUAAUAGUUCUUUCUUAUCAUUCUGAUCUUCUUUUGAUGUCAUUCAUUGGAAACAUAUGGGUGCAAAGGGUGCAAAUCACA